AUGGAUGAAUUCCAACCUAACUUAAUUGCUUCUACUCCAGAGAAAGACUUGCUUGAAAACAAGUUAGAGUCAUUGCCUACAUCUCCAAAUUCUCCUGCAAGAAAGAAAUAUAGACUGUAUGGCAAAAUUGUAUCACAAUUUUUUUGUCAAUGCUCAAUUUGCAACUUUCAAAUAAAAAGAGCUCCAAAUAAGCCAAAAAAGAUUUUUGACUAUACAGACUACGAAGUCCAUAAACAAGGAAAAUUAAAAACCUUCACAUGGCUUUUAAUUGAGCUUGGAAAGUUGUCCAAAAAAUUACCUAUCAAAAUAACAGUCCCCGACACUGUAAUUUUUCGACGAGGAAAACCUAUUGCUAUUGUCCAGCCCUUAAGGGAAAGUUAUAUAAAAAUGACCUCAAACCCAGAAAGGCUGAACUUAGCCAAAAUUUUGAAAUCUUUUACGAAAAUCGUAAAAAAGAGAAAAAAAGAAGAUUUAAGCCUUGUAAAAGGAAAUAACGAAAAUGACUCAGCUGUUUUUAUUACCCAAGACUUAUAUGGUAAAGAAACAGUUUUAUUGAAAUAUUUAGUGAAAGGGAAAGACUGUGCAGAAAUUGAAGAAAAUCCUCAAUUUGAAGAUGGAGUGUUAAGGGUAAUGAGCGAAAAAGAGUUCACUGAUUUUAUGUGUGAAAGGCCUGGAAGUCUGAUAUGAAGGACAAUUUCAUAUAUACAGACAGUUAUUAAAUGUAAAUUUGGGAUAGGUGAAAUAAUUACGGUUGAGCUGUAUUCAGAUAGAGACAAUAGAACAUUGUCGAACUAUAUUGAAGAACAGGAAAACGAAACUCAACUGAUGUAUAGUGAUCCUAAAGAAUAUUGCCAGCUAAUGUGUAAAAGGAUUGUUUCAAUUAUUUUUGAGCACACAAAGUAUCAAAUAUUAAAAAUUAAAGCAGAGUUCAUGAAAGAUGACGAAAAUAAAAUUUGGCUUGCAUUCGCCCCAGAAAUUUAUGUUCGAAACAGAGAAAUGCCUACUUCUUCAAGAAGAGAAGCAAAAGAAAUAAUAGACACUCCUGACCAAAGCCCAGGGUUUUUUAUUACAGAAAAAAGCCCAAAUAGAUCAUACUCUGAAAGUUUAAUAAAAAAUCCUCAAAAUGUUGCUAUAUGAAAAGCGAAAAAAAUAAUAUUGAUGCCUCUGAAGCAGGAAAUAAGAGACAGAAGAAGCAAGUCUUCUAUGAAAGCGAUUUAUUGUAGAGGUGAAAGCAAUUCUCCACAGAAAAUCCGCCCCAACACUCAUAUAGAAAAAAUAUGGGAAAGUUUGGUUAAAUCAAAAAAGACUCAUGUGAGAGAAAGAUCGCUGAAUAAGACCCCAGAAAGUAUAAGGGACUGAUGCUAUACUCCUCCAUUGAGAUUUUCUCCUAUGAAGAACUUGCGAUCUGCAAGCUAUUUAAUUUAA